GAUGAACCAGGCCCCCACGGUGGGUUUUGAGGGCGAUGUGGGCAGUCGGACCACGCACCACUUCAUGUAUCCCGAGAGUGCCAAGAACCUGCCCGCCAACGUCAGCUUUGUGCUGGUGCCCUUCAAAACCCUGGACCUGCUCUGGAUCGCCAGUGCCCUCUCCACCGGCCAAAUCAGGUUCACGUACGCGCCUGUGAAGCCUUUUCUGCGGGUGGACAAAGAAAAGGUGCAGAUCUACAACCCUGCCUUCUUCAAGUACAUCCACGACCGCUGGACAGAGCACCACGGGCGCUACCCCUCCACCGGCAUGCUGGUGCUCUUCUUUGCCCUCCACGUCUGUGACGAGGUCAACGUCUUGGGCUUCGGUGCCGACAGCCGGGGCAACUGGCACCACUACUGGGAGAACAACCGCUACGCCGGGGAGUUCAGGAAGACGGGGGUGCACGACGCCGACUUCGAGGCGCACGUCAUCGACAUGCUGGCCAAAACCAGCAAGAUCGAGGUUUACCGGGGGAACUGA